CCGAUGUCGACAUCAUUCCAGUGAUCGUUUGCUCGUCACGGCAGUCCUGACGGUCUGGUCUGGCGACUGCAUUGCUCAAUCGAGACGCGCACGGUGAUCGCACAAUUAGACAACGCCCGGAAUACGUCACGAUUUCCUAGGAUCGACGGUUCGCGGUGGCCCCCGGCCCAGGCGAGACACGCUGGACAAGUCAAGCCGACGCGGGGGUACACACUCGGAUUCCUUGGAACAUAAGAGCAGCAGCAGCAGAACAAGGAAGCGUCCGGCAAGCGCGUCAACUAGGGCGAAGUGAGUUCCCAUGAUCCGAUCCGGUAGUUGAUCCAAUUUCGGUUCGGUCACCAUCGAUGGUUAUGCAAACGCGGUGCAAGCAGUGAAGCUGUGAGCUCCGUUGGCUCCGUGAUCCAGUUUAGCUCCUUUCCCAUCGAACUCCACCGGACCACCACGGCGGCACACACACACACACAGCGCCGGAGCCAUCAUGCCGUUCAGGUCAACCUAUUUGUACGUCAUGUUCGCUGGACUGCUGACGCUGGGUAUUGCCGUUGGCAGUGGCCACACUUCCGCCGAACUACCAACCCGUCCGUCAACGGUCACGAGUGGACGGUCCAGAACGGACGUUGACAAACGGACCGGAUCCCGCAAGCUCACCGGAUCGAGCGCGUUCCUGGAUAACCGUAACUGGACACUGCCCACCCUUGCCAACGGUCAUCUGGGGUUUACCGUGUUCGAGGAUGCGGUGUACAUGGGCGGACUGUAUGGGGGAGCCGCUGGACUUAGCCACCGUGCACGGAUACCGAAUGUGGCUAAUAUUCGGCCAGCAAUCGGAUGUUAUCAAGGAACGACCCAAGAACACUGUACGGAGACAUUGGAUAUGGAGCAAGGAGUGUUUCGGGUCGAAUUUUCCCAGCAUUCUGUCCCUCCGGCCAACCGCUUCCGAUUAGUGCACACCCUGUAUCCCCACGCUCUCUACACAAGGUUGAUCGUUAAUCAGUUUUUUAUCGAACGACUUGACGCGAGGAAUGCAGGAUGCACAUGCUGGAACGAUGGAGCUACAAGCCAACAGACCAUCAGCGUACCGUUGAUGCCGUCGGUGCCUUUCUUCAGCGAGGACAUCGCCUUCGAGCCCAUCCGGACCGUGCAGUUCCGCUCGAGUGCGCCAGCAAACCAGAACCACCUAAUUUAUGAGAGCUGCGGUAAGACGGUCGAGGUGGAAGAUCCAAUCCACCAGCCAUCCGUCAGCCCGGUCUGUGUCGUAUGGAAUCACGUUCCAGAACGGCUCACACUGCCACAAACCGAGCGCACGGUGACGUUUACGUUCCUGAUGUCGGUUGAUGGAGAAGAGAGCAGCGCGCACAACGAGCUAAAAACAGCACUGGGACUGCCACCAGACGAGCUGCUACGAGCGCAUACAUCACUGUGGCGUUCGUUCUGGGAGCGAUUCGACAUCCUAACGACCGGAAACGAACCGUUACAGCGUGCGGUAUGGGCGAGCAUAUUUUAUCUGGUCAGCAACCUACCGUUCGCGCCGAGUGGACACAACGGUCUCAGCCCAACCGGACUGGGGCGUGGCGGUGGCUCCAAUCUGGACGACUACGAGGGACACUCGUUCUGGGACACGGAAAUCUGGAUGUUGCCAGUGCUCAACGUCAUCGAUCGCUCGUACGCCCGCUCGCUGCUCCAGUACCGGAUUGCACGGCUUGAGGUGGCCAAGGAGCUAGCGGCUGAGCUGGGUUACGGUGGAGCCAGGUACCCCUGGGAGAGCGGCUUCACUGGAACGGAAGUGACGCAACCGUGCUGUCCGGCCGUAGCUCAGUAUCAGCAUCACAUUACGGCGGACAUAAGCUUCGGGCUACGGCAGCACCUUGCGGCUACACAGGAUCUGGAGUGGCUUUGUAGCUCGGGUGCUCACCGGAUGGCCGCAGAGAUUGCCAGCUUCUGGGCUAGCCGCGUAACCUUCAACCAAACCGGCACCGCUCAGUACGACAUCGCAGCGGUAAUGGGACCGGAUGAGGAUCAUGAAAAUGUAACGAACAACGCGUACACGAACGUGGUCGCGGGUUAUGCUUUGUAUUUUGGCGAUUUCGCCAGCUGCCUUUGUGCGGAAUCCAACGAAUUGCAGGAGGAUCACUGGGACGCAAUCGCCAAACACAUUAAGCUUCCGUACGACCCUGACCGUGACUACCAUCCACAGUACGAUGGUUACAAUCAGGGGACGACAAUAAAGCAGGCCGAUACCGUGCUGCUUGGUUACCCGCUACAGUAUGCUGGUAUGAGGCGUUCUACCAGGAGUAACGAUCUACGUGUAUAUGAGUCCGUCACACGCGUCUCUGGACCAGCCAUGACAUGGGCAAUGCAUAGUAUCAACCAUCUGGACCUUGGAGAAUUGGAGCAGGCUGCCAUCAAUUUCAACCGCAGCUACCAACCGUACAUUCGUGGACCAUUUCAGGUAUGGUACGAGCUGCAGCAGCCAGAUCGAGGUGCACAGAAUUUCUUAACCGGUGCCGGAGGAUUCCUACAAUCGCUGCUCUUCGGAUAUGGUGGCUUGCGGCUUCAUCUGGAUCGCCUAGAGCUGCGCCCCGGCAUAGGGGGAACGUCGUUGGUGCUACCGCCAGGAAGUUGCGAAUUGAUUAUCAAAGGAGUGCAGUAUCUCGGAGCGCUUAUCACCAUUGAAAAAACAGUGAGCCAAUCUACGUUAACCGUGACUCACCAAGAGCAACCAUUAACAAUCGAAUUCGACGACAGUAAUGUCCCAACGGAUAUCGUCAUCAACGAAACUUAUUAUUUACGCAAUCGUACCGCGAUUGUCCGCUCCAAGAAUCGUUCUUAUCGCAAUUGUCGGCUGCCGGAGGAUAUCAUCGGUAGAUGCAACUGAGUGCCAUAAAUAGCUCGUCUUGAAUUAGCACAAUGCCAAUUGUUUGCCGAUCCUGUACUGACUUCGCUAUCGAAAUAUCCAGCUAAAACUAAAUCAAUCCAAUUUAGGUCCAACACGUGUUAACGUUUCGGAGACCGUAUGGCAAACGGGGGCUUUUUGGUGUCUUGCAAACACACAGUUACAAUAAAAGACAUGAUUCAGUUAUCACGGAAUUCAAGCUCACCACAAACACACGAAUU